UUAACAUGGACAGUUGUAAUCUAGGAGAAUGCCCAGUUGAUGGUGGAUGGAGUGACUGGGAAAACUCGACUUGUUCUGUCACCUGUGGAGAUGGUACAGUCAAUAUGAACAGAGAAUGUAAUACCCCCGUCCCUUCUGGUGGUGGGCAUAACUGUUCUGGUGAAUCUUUUGACACCGACAGUUGUAACCUAGGAGUAUGUCCAGAAUCAUGCAGCACACCAGAAAAGGAAUCGGACAAGAAAUCAGGAAAAAGAUCGGACAACAAGUCAGGAAAGUGGUCAGACAACAAGUCAGGAAAGUGGUCAGACAACAAAUCAGGCGGAAAAAGGAAUGGCAAGAACGGAAAGAAAGACAAGAGACAAAAUAGGAAAGGAAAUAAAGCAAACAGGAACGGCUGGUAUUGA